CUGGAAGCUGGCUCUGACAUGGACAUAGCCAGCGAGUACACACAGUAUGAAGAGAAGAAAUCUUCACCCGGUCACUCAGGUGUCAGCACUGUCCCCCCCCUGCGGCUACAUUGCCAAGCAGCCACGGGGACGCCAGCUCUUCCCGCCACCUCAGCACUGCCCAGCCCCACUGUCCUCAGGGUGGCACCAUAGAACUGGGCAGAAUCCUGGAGCCUGGCUACCUGGGUGGCAACGGCCCGUGGAACAUGAUGAGGCCCCAGAAAGGGAGUGUGUCUGGGGGAGACCUAUCCUCAGUCUCCUCUGUGUCCCAGCUGAACUCCAAACCCACAGGGGCUGACCUGCUGGAAGAGCAUCUUGGUGAAAUCCGGAACCUGCGCCAGCGCCUGGAGGAGUCCAUCUGUAUCAAUGACCGCCUGCGAGAGCAGCUGGAGCACCGGCUCAGCUCGACUGCCCGAGGAGGGGGAUCCACCUCUAACUUCUACAGUCAAGGCCUAGAGUCCAUACCUCAGCUAUGCAGUGAAAACAGAAUCCUCAGGGAAGAAAACCAAAGCCUUCAGGCUCAGCUGAGUCACAUUUCCAGAGAGCACUCCCGAGAAACAGAAAGCCUGAGGGAGGCCCUGCUGUCCUCUCAGUCCCGGCUUCAGGAGCUGGAAAAGGAGCUGGAGCACCAGAGGACGGGAAGGCAGCAGCUUUUGGAAGAUCUGAGUGAGAAGCAGCAAGAGAUCUUGCAUUUCAAGGAGGAACGUCUAUCCCUCCAGGAAAAUGGCUCCAGGCUGCAGCACAAGCUGGCCCUCCUGCAGCAGCAGUGUGAGGAGAAGCAGCAGUUCUUCCAGUCCCUCCAGUCAGAGCUGCAGAUCUACGAGGCCCUCUGUGGCAGUUCCAAGAAGGGCCUGAAAGCUUAUUGUCCGGAUGCUUGUCAUCAAGUCCCUCUGAGCAGUGACUUGGGCCACCUUGUGGCGGAGAUCCGAGCUCUGAGAGGGCAGCUGGAGCAGAGCAUUCAGGUGAACAAUUGUCUGCGACUGCAGCUGCAGCAGCAGCUGGAUGGUGGUGCUGGCAAAGCCGGCCUCAGCACCUCCUCUGUUAACCAGAACUUCCUAGCCAGCACUGACUUUGGAAACAAGCCGCCGCUCCUCCAAGAUCCAGCUGCUUCCCCUCCAGUGCGGGAUGCUGGCAUGCAUUCUCCAACUCUGGUCUUCCCCGGCUCUUCUUCCGCCACUCCUGGCUCAGAAACGGCCGUAUUCAACAGGACAGAUGGCCUGGAUUUGGACACUUCUCUAGUAAUGAAGAACCCUCCCAAACUGGAGGGUGAUGCUACUGAUGGCUCCUUUGCCAAUAAGCAUGGCCGCCAUGUCAUUGGCCACAUCGAUGACUAUGGUGCCCUCCAACAGCAGAUUGGAGAGGGCAAGGUGCUGAUUAAAAAGAUAGCAUCUAUCGUGAAAUCAACAAGCAACUUCCUUGGCCUUGAUGCCCAGGGCACAGAGGUGCUGGGAAGCAAAGGCAUCCACGAGCUUCAGAGCAGCGCCAACACCCUGCACCAGGCCCUGGAGGAGUCGGCCUCCCUCCUCACCAUGUUCUGGAGAGCGGCCCUGCCAGGCGCUCACAGGCCUGUGCUGCCUGGCAAAGUGGGAGAGUCAGCAGAAAGGGAACUUCUGGAGCUGAGAACCAAAGUGUUCACUCAGGAGAGGCUCCUUCAGAGCACAGCCGAGCGUCUGCAAGCUGCCAACCAGCAAAAGGAGGCCAUGGAACAGUUCAUCCUCAGCCAGUGUGAAAUCCCUCAGAGCUCUGGCGUGCGCUCCAGCCUUGUGACCCUUGCCUUCCAGGAGCCCUGCAAGAAGCGCAGCCACCAGAGGUCCUUAAGGCAGCAGGAAGGAUGGGCCUGUCCCCCUUUCUUGCAGCUACCCACCUGCUGAGGAGGACUUGAACCCCGUUCCUCCACACCUGCUGGAGGGUUCAGAAGAGAGAGUCAGAGAGAUGUCCUGGUGGAGCUGGGAGGAAGGCAGACGCCUUGCGGACAGUCAUGGAAAACCACAAGGCAAGGUCCACUGGUCGGCGCUAAGCAAAACAUGCGUAGUUUGCGUAGAGGUCUUGGUGACGCUGCUGCCCCACGGCCCGCUGGCUUGGGAACCGGCCACAGCACCUUUCUCGCCUCAGCAGCUGUCCUGAGACGGAGAACUCCGUGGAAACAGGACUCUGAUUCCGAUGAGUGGGCAUGCGUUCCCAACACUGGAGCUCCUCGGGCAGUUCUGUAAGCACACCACGGAGCAGCAGUGCCCUGCUGGACAGUGCCUGUGGGGGCUUAGCGAGCACUGCUCAGAGACCCACACCUGACCCCGGGGCAGCUCCGGUGGGUCGGGUCAGGCUGGGUUUUAGUCCCCACCCUUGCACCUGAGUUCUCUGAGUUCACAUCAUGAAUGUGGUGACAUCCCAGCUGCCAUGGCAGGCCCAGCCUCGCACUUUCUACUUCUUUUCUGAUGUUAUCUUCAAAUCGGACCGGCCUCACUCUACAUAUGCUGUCCCAUGUUGUCAUUCUGUCUUUCCUCGGGGAAAUUGGAGACUGAUGGCCAGACCAAGCCCACUGAAAUUCUUGCCUAGAGCGAACCUGGCUCAUUUUUAAUGGGAGAGGCCUCCAGCUGUAUUAAAGCCAGUUUGUGUCUUCAUAGUGCUUAUAGAAUGCGUGUCUGUGUGUAUAAAUGUAUGAUAUAGAUUUAUAUAUGUUGCUAUAGCCAUAUGUUGAAGGCCAAUAUAACUAGUGGACAGGGCUGGAAAAGGAAAUAAAACAGUCUUUUUGGUGACUAUUAAAGCAAAAUGUGUAUAAAGAAAUAAAUAAUUUUUCUUUGC